CUUUGUAGAAGAGUGUGCUUUAGUUUUACUGAACUUUUUGGUCGUCAUUUGGCCAUAAAUAUGACUGAGAAUGAACACUUAUAGGUUACACGAAAACUGAAAGGGGAAAAAUAGGAUACCAUGGCGAAUACCGCAGAAGGAUUAUUUUAUAGGUUACUUAUACAUAGACCCAUCUUAUAAGUAGGAUAUUAUUAUAUGAGAAUUUAGUGUUCAAUUUAUGGGAUCCCCAUCCAUCUCAAAUUCUAUCACGGUAUCGUCCAUUUAUUCCAACACAUUAAUCUCAACUCCGCCGACGUAAAAUGUAAACAUGACCCAAAUGGGACAUUGACAAUGGAAAAUGAUAUUAAAACCACAUUCCAGGGUAGUAGAGGUAUGCUUGUUUUGUUCUCUGCGUAGAAGUCUCCGUCCUCAGUACAAGAAAGCAUCAUCUGCUGCCGUCAGUUAUGUUUAUGGCUGCAGAAAGAAGACGCACUGCCUUCCUCACCAUCCAUCUACGCGCAAAUUCCAAAGGGAUUAAGUAGACGAUGCCGUUUCAGUUAUAACAAAGGGCCAGCAAAACAACGCUCCAGAUUAAAGUUUCCAACGGCUCUCCCUCUUUCUGCUUCAACAAACCAGCAGCGCACUCCCAUGGCGGGGCAGCUGCAGCACUCUACAUAUUAUUUUCUGCAAUUUCAAUUCAAUUUAAGAUUACUUCUUGUUAUAGCGGCUACGGUUACUCUUAUAUAGCUUGGUUGUAAAGACCCAUUCAGUCAUGUAAUGAAUUAGCCUUAAUUUCUCUAGUUUCAGCUUUUUGCAAUCUCUACUAUCUUCAUCUUCAUCUUCACCUCUCUUAAUUCAAGGAAAAAUCACUACAGAGUGUGAGACACGUUAAACAAUACAUCCCGACAAUCCUUAUCCUCUCACCCGUGUCUCAUUCAGAGACUACCGCAAAGCAGUUAAUGAUAUGUGCCGGCACUCACAUGCAGAGGGGUCACACUUCACACGCAGCCCCGAAAUCGCUCUUAACUGUUUUUCCGGGAAUAGCUUCUUUUCUUUUUCUUUUUCUUUUUUCAAUAUCUUUCAUCAGAAAGUCACGAUUGUUGUCGGUUAAUUGUAAACCUAUUUGAACUUCUGGCCGGCUCAUAAAUGAAAGGCCAAGUCAAUGAAUAGUUGUCCUUUUUCCUUGUCUGUAUCUUCCAUAGUGACCUCCGCAUCACUUUUCUUGGAGUACCCGUAUGCACCAAUUUAUGUUUUAUAAGAACCCUUCAAGGGGAAUUCUUGGUUGGAUUUGGAAAUGGGAAGCUUCGCACUAUUUCUUUCAGCCUUAUUGUGCAUUGCAUCUGCUCUUUCUUCAUAUGGGAUUGUGGGCGUUGAAGGGUACCUCAAGUACGACACUGGGAGUGGCAUUGUGGACGGGAAAUUGAAUGUUCACUUGGUUGCUCACUCACAUGAUGAUGUGGGCUGGCUCAAGACUAUUGAUCAGUACUAUGUUGGAUCCAAUAACAGUAUUCAGGGUGCAUGUGUGGAAAAUACCCUGGACUCGGUUGUCAUGGCUUUGCGCCGUGAUCCCAGCAGGAAAUUUAUCUUUGCUGAAAUGGCAUUUUUCAGUAGGUGGUGGGAAGAGCAAAGUGUAGAAAUUCAACAAGAAGUGAGAAAGCUGGUUGAUGCUGGCCGCUUGGAGUUUGUAAAUGGUGGAUGGUGUAUGCAUGAUGAAGCAACUACUCAUUAUAUAGACAUGAUUGACCAAACAACUCUAGGCCAUCAACUGAUAAAGAGUCAGUUUAAUAAGACUCCUCGUGCUGGAUGGCAGAUUGAUCCAUUUGGGCACUCAGCAGUGCAAGCUUACCUCCUAGGAGCUGAGCUAGGAUUUGAUUCUGUUCAUUUUGCACGGGUUGAUUACCAAGACAGAGCAAAACGAAAGGGAGAUAAAUCUCUUGAAGUCAUAUGGCAGGGAUCCCGGACAUUUGGUUCCUCUUCUCAGAUAUUUGCCAAUGCAUUUCCUGUUCACUAUAGUCCACCAGAAGGGUUUCAUUUUGAAGUAAACGAUUACUUCAACCCAGUGCAGGAUAAUCCUCUCCUUUUUGACUUUAAUGUUGAAGUACGAGUUAAUGAUUUUAUUGCUGCAGCCAUGAUUCAGGCAAAUGUCACGAGAACCAACCAUAUUAUGUGGACUAUGGGAGAUGACUUCCAAUAUCAAUAUGCUGAGUCCUGGUUCAAGCAGAUGGACAAACUUAUUCAUUAUGUUAACAAGGAUGGUCGGGUUAAUGCAUUAUAUUCUACACCAUCAAUAUACACAGAUGCAAAAUAUGCUGCCAAUGAAACUUGGCCUCUGAAGCUUGAUGAUUAUUUCCCAUAUGCAGACAGUCCUAAUGCCUAUUGGACAGGCUUUUAUACAAGUCGCCCUGCCCUCAAAAGAUACAUUCGUUUGCUGAGUGGAUAUUAUCUGGCAGCUCGUCAAAUUGAAUAUCUAAUGGGAAGGAGAUCAACUGGCAAUGCUAAUACUGAUGGCCUAGGUAAUGCUUUAGGAAUUGCACAGCAUCACGACGCUGUUACUGGUACUGCUAAACAGCACACUACUAAUGACUAUGCAAAACGCUUGGCCAUUGGAGCCUCAGAGGCAGAAACUGUCGUGGAUUCGGCUUUGUCAUGUCUGGUUGAUUCAAAGUUGAACGGCCAGUGUGCUGGAUCAACAGUGAUAUUUAGCCAGUGUCAGUUACUCAAUAUAAGUUUCUGUCCAUCAACCGAGAAAGAUUUUUCCCAAGGAAAGAGUUUGGUUGUUGUGGCAUACAACUCACUUGGAUGGAACCGUACUGAUAUUAUAAGGAUUCCUGUUAAUGAUCAUGAUCUUGUCGUCAAAGAUUCUACGGGGGAAGUUGUUGAGUCUCAAUAUGUAAAAGUGGAUAAUGUGACAAGCAAACUGAGAAAGUUCUAUGUGGAGGCAUAUACUGGAAUUUCAGACAGACAUGCUAUAAAAUAUUGGCUUGUCUUUUCAGCAUCCGUGCCACCUUUGGGUUGGAAUACUUACUUCAUUUCUAAAGAAUCUCAAAAAGGAAACAGAAGACAUGGUUUUAUGUCUACGAUGGAUCUUCCAAAAAAGGAAACUAUUGAAAUUGGGCCCGGAAACUUGAAACUGUCAUUUUCCUCGUCAUCUGGGCAACUUAAGCGAAUGUUCAAUUCUAAAACAGGAAUUGAUAUACCAGUACAGCAGAGCUAUCUUUGGUAUGCAUCAAGCCCGGGAGAUGCAGAUCCUCAAGCUUCUGGUGCAUACAUUUUCCGACCUAAUGGAUCACCUCCUUCAGUGGUCUCCAGAUCAGUUCCUCUGAAGAUCAUUCGGGGGCCACUAGUUGAUGAAGUUCAUCAGCAAUUCAGUUCAUGGAUCUACCAGAUAAUUAGAGUUUACAGAGACAAAGAUCAUGCUGAAGUUGAAUUCACGAUCGGUCCAAUUCCCACCGAUGACAGCAUUGGAAAAGAGGUUAUUACAAGAUUGACUGCUAAUAUGGUCACUGAUAAAGUGUUCUAUACUGAUUCCAACGCAAGAGACUUUCUAAAACGGGUUAGAGAUUACAGAGCCGACUGGCCUCUCACAGUUACUCAACCUGUUGCAGGGAAUUACUAUCCCAUCAAUCUUGGAAUUUACAUAGAGGAUAACAAGUCCGAACUCUCUGUUCUCGUUGACCGGGCUACUGGAGGAUCCAGCAUCAAUGAUGGAGAAGUCGAGUUGAUGCUACACAGGCGUAUGAUCACUGAUGAUGCUAGAGGAGUAGGUGAAGCCCUCGACGAGUUAGUGUGUGUCAAUAACACAUGUGAAGGACUCACGGUUCGAGGAAAUUAUUAUAUCAGCAUCAAUGAGCUUGGUGCUGGAGCGCGUUGGAGACGAACGACGGGCCAAGAAAUAUAUUCGCCCCUUCUUUUAGCCUUUACACAUGAGGACUCAAGGAAAUGGAAAUCUUCACACUCAACAACCGCCACAUCCAUGGAAGCAAACUAUAGUUUACCUUUUAACGUUGCAUUAAUUACUCUCCAGGAGUUGGUUGAUGGAAGUGUGCUCGUUCGUUUAGCACAUCUAUAUGAGGCCAAUGAGGACCCUGAUUACUCGAAACUCGCCAAAGUUGAACUGAAGAAGAUGUUUGCUGGAAAAACGAUAAAGACGCUCAAGGAAACAAGCUUAUCAGCAAAUCAAGAGAAGUCCGAGAUGACGAGAAAGACUUGGAAAGUCGUCAAAGGAGAAACUAACAGUGAGCCUGCUCCAAUUAGAGGUGGCCCUGUGGACUUCUCGAGUCUUAUUGUCGAGCUUGGUCCCAUGGAGAUCCGGACUUUCAUCAUAACAUUUUGAAAGAGCUGAUCCCCAAGUAACACUUACUCCUCUCCUCCAAUGCUGAAUAAUGACAUUUUCUCAAACUUCUUCGACUGCCAGUGUUGAUGGCUAACGACACUGAAAACAGCAAGAAAUGAAUCAAGACGGAAGUUUGGAGUAUAUGGUGCAAUUGGUUUGUCAUCAACAGCUCCAAAUUGUUGUCUGGGCUCUUACAUUCCUGUCUGUGAGGUGUAGAAUACUAAUGAAUGAUCUUGAAUAAUUGUCUAUUUAUGUUUACUUCAAUAGAUUGAUAAAAGAAAAACUGAAAUAUAUGUUCACUUUAACUUUGCUUCUACGUUGAGACGCAACAUGGAAGUGUUGGAGAGUGGGCUGUAGCGGGAAUGGAUAUCACUAUCUGUCUUUCCAAUAAGUGAAAAA